AUGUCUCAUAAAUUAAUGUACAGCUAUCUUAGUUGUAGGUUAACCAGAAAUAAUGCUUUUGUGACAUCAGCAUUUUCUCAACAACGGCAUUUGAGUAAACAAACUCAUAAUGCUCCGCCGUUACAUAAAGAUAAGAGCGGUGUGCUUGACAAUGUAAACAAUUCUCUACCAGAUUCUGCAGAUGUCGUAGUUAUUGGAGGUGGAAGUGUAGGAUGCAGUACAGCAUAUCAUCUUGCUAAAUUAAAAGCAGGGAAUGUUGUUCUGAUUGAGAAAGACAGGCUGACUUCAGGAACAACAUGGCACACUGGCGGUAUUGUUUGGAAUCUUCGAGAUGGUCGACCUUUGACUCAAAUGCAAGUUCAAACAAUUGAUUUGGCAUCUCGAAUUCUACCUGAAGAAACAGGAUUUGAUGCAGGUUGGAUCAAAACUGGAGCAAUAUUUUUAACAAGAAGUAAAAAUGAAUUGGAUGCUUUGGAACGAAAGUCCUUGAUAGGUUCAGAAUUUGGAAUAGAAGCUUCUCUGGUAGAUGCUGACCAGAUAUCCAAGUUACAUCCUUUUAUUGAUACAAAGAAUCUUCUUGGGGGUGUAUAUUCUCCAAAUGAUGGAUCUGUUGAUCCAGCAACCUUGUGUACUUCUUACAUUAAAGCUGCAACAAAAUAUGGAGCCGAGGUUUUUGAAAAAUGUGAGGUGAAAGGUAUCAAAACCACAGAUGUGCUGGGAUUGAAACAAGUUAAUGCCAUUGAAACAAACCUUGGAACUAUUAAAACUAACAAUGUAGUUAAUUGUACAGGGGCAUGGGGUCCCUAUAUCGCAAAGAUGGUUGGAGUAAAACUUCCUCAAACAAUAUACAAGCUUACAUACGUUGUUACGCAAGGCAUUCAAGGAAUGGAGAAGACUCCUCACAUUCGUGAUUCUGAAACUGGGAUGUACUAUAAAAGACAAGGAGAUGCUUUGCUAUUUGGUGGAUAUGAGAAGAACCCUGUGUUUGUUGAUAAGGUUCCAAAUGACUUUGCAUUCAGUUUGUAUGACAUGGAUUGGGAACAAUUUGAAGUUCAUAUGAAAUCUGCUACGGAUUUAAUGCCAUGUAUUGAAAAGUCGGGAAUUCGAUCAACUUUGUGUGGACCUGAAACUUUUACACCAGAUGGUAACCCACUUAUGGGUGAAUUCUUCGAUGUUAAGGGGUUUUUCAAUGGCACUGCAUUCAAUGGUGGUGGAAUGAUGCUGGGUGGUGGUGCAGGUCGACAACUUGCCCACUGGAUAGUACAAGGGAGUCCUGAAUAUGACUUGAGUACUUGCCAUGUGAACCGUUUCACUCGUAAAAUUAAUGACCUAUGGUUGGUCGAAUCCUGUCAUGAUCAUUUUACCACAAAAUUUGAAGUACGUCAUCCUGAUAAACAAAAAUUGGGUGGAAGAAAUUUGAGGACUACUCCAUUGACAAAGACUCAUCAAGGGAAUGGAGCUUACUUAGUCUCAAUUCAUGGUUGGGAAGUUCCAGCUUAUUUUAUGCCUGGUCAACACCUACCUUUGUUAGAAUAUGAUUAUUAUGGAGAAUACGGAAACUUGAAACAUGCAACUUAUAAAUACAGAGAACAGACUACAAAAGACACGAGUUUAUGUACUGGCAUUGAUCAGGAAAUUCAUGAACAGAUCAUGAAAGAAACACUUGCAUGUUACAAGUCAUCUGCAAUCAUUGAUUUAUCACAUUGCUGUAAAUUUCGAUUAGAUGGACCCGGUUCUGAGGAAGUUGUUAAUUCUUUAUUUUAUAAAGAUGUUAAAUCAUUCAAUAUCAAUACAGAAACAAAGAAUUUCAUGCUGAACAGAGAUGGAAAAAUUAUUUCGAGUUGUAUUGUCACUAGGUUUAGUGAUGGUGUGUAUCAAGUUACUGCUCCAUCAGAAAUGCAGGAAUUAAUCAAACAACAUAUCAACCAUUUCUUGCAUGAUUUAAAUAUAACCAAUUGUGGUUUUCAUGAUAUAACUGAUGAAUAUGCAGUAUUGCAUGUUGCGGGACCAAAAAGUAAAAAAUUACUUGAAAAUGUCUCAUUGGAUUCAUUUGAAUUGAAUCCUGGCAAUAUAAUGGAUAGCAGGAUAAACGACCUGAACGUCGUGGUUUCCAGGUUUGAAGGAAACAACUUUGGCUGGUAUGUGAUUCGAUGCCCAAUGAAAGAUGUGCAUUCGGUCUACACUGCAUUAAUAACAUCGGAGAUUAAACCAACUAUGGCAGGAUUGAGGGCAUUGAAUUCUGUGUGUUUGGAAUCAGGGAUACAUAAUCCAAUUUCAACUUGCCUGAAUGGAUCAAAUUUACGGGAAGUAUUACAAACGAGUCAGUUGGAAUUGAAUGAUACCAGGCAAUACAUUGGCAAGGAUGCUUUAAUCAAAGCAGCAGAUCAACCUCUGACUUCUAGAUUCAUCCAAUUGAAAGCCGAAUCAGAGUUGCCAAUCUUGGAUGGAGAUGUGAUAUGGUAUAAUGACUCAUAUGUUGGAAUUAUUGGAGAUGCUGCUUACGGAUACAAAACUGGAAGAUAUUUUGUUAAUGGAUUUGUGAAGUUACCUCUAAAGGAAGAAGGGAAGUUUACUAUUGGAAGAAGAUCACACAAGGUUCAAGCAGAGGUGACCAAUGGUUCACAAUUGCCAAUAUAAUAUGAAUCUAUUAUGUGAAGAUUUACUGUAUUCACCUAUGCCGUUUCUGAUAUAUUUGUGUAUGUAUGUUAAUGUUAGGUUGUGUUUAUAUUAAUAUUGGUGAUUGUUUCUGUGCCAUUAUAUACGAAAUAAAAAGGCAACAUUUUAUGUUUAGCAAUACCAUCCAUACCAUCUUGCUUAAGGUUAAUUUCAACAUUAGAAGAAGACGUUUAGUAAUGUUGACAUUGUGCAAUAAUAAAAUCAUUAUCAAUGCCAA